CUCGGUCUUACUGCGCAUGUGCAGUGCAGGUUAGAGGCGAGCUAGAAAAUGGCUUCGUUCCUAACGCACCAGCAGAAAGUCUUACGGCUUUAUAAGAAAUCUCUGAGGCACCUCGAGUCUUGGUGCAUCUUCAGAGAUAAGUACCGUUUCUACGCCAGCACGCUGAGGGCUCGCUUCGAUGAGCAUAAGAAUGAGAAGGACCUGGUGAAGGCGUCCAAGCUGCUCAAAGCCGCAGAGGAGGAGUUCUGGGCCAAUCAGCAUCCUCAGCCCUACCUGUUCCCCGACUCACCCGGGGGAACCUCCUACGAGAGAUACGAGUGCUACAAGGUUCCUGAAUGGGUUCUGGAUCACUGGCACCCCUCUGAGAAGGCAGAGUUCCCUGAUUACUUCUCAAAGAGAGAGCAGUGGAAGCAGAUCCGAGCUCAGAGCUGGGACAAGGAGGUGAAGCAGCUGCAGGACGAAACUCCAGCCGAUGGCCCCAGGACCGAGGCUCUUCCUCCUGCACGCAAGGAGGGCGAUCUUCCGCCACUGUGGUGGCAGUUUGUGACCCGCCCCAGAGAGAGGCCCAUGUGAGAGGCUUCCCCCCCUAUGUGAUACCCCCUGCAUUACAAAACACACACACUCAAAAGGCGCACUUAGUAAUGGAAGACUUGCACUCUCACCCUGACCUGGUAGUGUUUAAGGUUCAAAAGGAAUGACUUGACCCAGGAUGCUAAUUUAUGCAAAAACAUUCACUUUUUUGGAUUUAAUCAAACUUUUGAGUGGAUCAGGAGUGCCUCUGUGUGUCAGUUAGAGCAGGGUGUAAUUGUAGACUGUACAGAAAUAUAAAGCACUCUGUGCUUAUGAUUCAAAUAAACACCUAUAUCAAAUAAA